CUGAGAUCAAAACAAAUUUAGAGAUGGAUAGUUGUAUUUCCCAACUCAUCCUCACCUGUAUCUCCACUGGUGGACCUGCUACCACUGUCACUUGGACCAGAGACUCCACCACUGUCACCCAAGGAAAACUGAGACUGUGUUGAAUGACCCAGUGACUGCACAGUACACCCACACUCUGACUGUGACUGGGACUCUGGGAGGAAACUACACAUGUACUGUGUCCAAUAACAAGCCAUCCAGUAACUCAUCGAGUAUCACAGUUAGCGUUCCAUCACCCCCAACUAAUCUGACCCUGGAGCAAAAUAAUGAGACAAGCAUCAAUGCAUCAUGGAGUCCACCUCCCCAGUCUGCAAACAUUACUGGAUACAGAGUGUUCUGGACUCAGUGCACCUCCUCUGACUGUAUCAAUCACACAGUGAUUACUUCCUCGACAGUUGAAACACUAACAGGCUUGAUGGCAGGGCAGUGCUACAGUGUUUCUGUGGUUAGUGUCUCAGAUCUCCCAAGCGAUAUUGCAACCCGCAAUAUAACUUUAGUUACCAAUCCAGGUAGUAUCAACAUUGAUGUGGUAUCUACUAGCCAUGGUUUCUCAUUGAUGGUAACCUUAGUAACUAUGUAGAAAAUGGGAUCUAUCGUAUUAUGACCAAUGUGACUUGGUUGAGAUUUUUGCACUGUAACAAUGGCCUCGGAAGCUCUAACAUGACUGACCAGACAUAUGAUGUGAAUCCAAUGAAUCUAAGCAUCACUGGAUUAGUUCCUAACAGUGAAUACAAUAUCACAGUGGUGGUAAGUAAUGCUCUGGGAAGCAAAACACAGAGUGUUUUCUAAUCAGACUCAGCCAGCAGCACCAUCUGCCCCACCACAAGACAUAGUGGCAGUAAACCAGACCCUCUUCACCAUCACCAUCAGUUGGCAGCCUGUUGACUGUGCCCAUAUGAAUGGGAAUAUCAGGGGUUAUAAAGUAAAGUAUUGGGAAAGGGGGAGUGGAAAUGAAACAAAGUUGGAUGGAAACACAACUGGAACCAGUUACACACUAACAGACCUGCAGUCUUCGACAACAUAUGUGAUUCAAGUGGCAGCAGAGAACGAUGCCGGUGUUGGAGUUUUUGGAAACUUGAACGCUUCAACGUUGCUAUUUGAAGUCAGUGUGGCCUCGACUACCAUUGGCGUAACAUUGGGUCAAGUGGAGAAUGAUGUGCUAAUCACAUGGAACAGGACUUCAAGUCAAUGUGUAGAUAAUGGCGAAAGUUUCAAAACUCAUCCUUUAUCUAACAGCACUAUGUACAUGAUACCUGCUCUGGAAGAGUAUACCGAGUACAAUAUCACAGUCUGCAUCAAUGACUCCACUUGUGCUUUUAGUAUUGUGACAACUAAUCAGGCUGCUCCAUCUGCAGCUCCAGAAGAAAUCAAACUGAAAGAGAAGUCUUCAACAAGUAUUACUAUCAUGUGGAGUCCUGUACCUUGUGAUCAUCAUAAUGGAAACAUCACUGGAUAUGUGGUAAUGUUAAAAAAACUUGACAAUGGAGUUUCGCGGAGUUUAACUACCAGAGGAAGCACAAUGGAGUACAUGAUCCCUGGAUUAGAACCGUCGACUGAGUAUGAGAUUCAAGUAGCUGCAUUCACGAUUGCAGCUGGACCCUUCACUAAUGAUAGCUUGCUUGCUAGCACCUUAGCAGACACUAGAGAAGGUGGCAGUGAUGUUGGUGGGGUAGUGGCUGGUGUGAUAGUGUCUGUUCUGUUUCUUAUUGGAGCCACUCUGUGCAUCAUUGCUGCUAUCUGGCUAAUGAGAAGGAAAAAGUCAACUUUGAAGGGUCUUUUCUCAAUGGGCCACUUUAAAGUCACUCACAAACGAAGAACCUCGCCACACUCUAGAGAUAUACAAGACAUUUCUCUAGACCAGCUUUCCACUGGAGAGAGUCUGGCAGGUGGAGAGCUAUCUUCUGAGAAAGAUGAACUGAAGAGGAGGAGGUAGAGGAGGAGGAGGAAGAGGCUGAUCCAGUACCCAAGCCUUCAGCUAAGUUUCAUGCGAGACCAGUACCUCUGCCAGUGGCUCUGUUUGGGAGCCAUGUGGAGAAGAAACACACCAACAACAACCAGCCUUUUAUGACUGAGUUUGAGGCACUGGGUGAUGGUGAAGGAAAGACUGUUACCGUAGCAAGGACACCACGAAACAAGAAAAAGAACCGUUUUGCCAAUAUUUCACCAUGUAAGUUUUGAAGCUCAACAACAACA